UCAGCCCUGGAUGAAUGGAGUCACAUCCACGAAACCACCGUGGACGAGGUGACUGUCGAGGUCACUGCGGAGGUUGAAGUUGACGAGCGUGAUGCGACGAUGGCAGAAAAUGUCAGUUGCCUUUCGGAAGCAGACGGUGGGGUUGAACAAGCGGAAGCGACGACUACAGAUGUGGAUGAAGGUAAAGAAGAGGGAGGAAUGGAUGAAAAGCAGAGCGAGGUCACAAGGACGCACCAGGCAGACGUUCACCAAGACAACUCCUGCGUCCGUUAAGGCUCGGAGCUCUUCGGGACCUCACGACUGUCCGGACUGCGACAAGAAAUUCAAGUUUGCCUCGUCGCUCACAGCCCACAGGGUCAUCCACACAGGGGAGCGACCCCACCGCUGCUCCGAUUGCGGUCGCCGCUUCUCUUUCCGCCAGGCCCUGGAGCGGCACAGGAAGACGCACAAAACAGGACGCGGUUACAAUUGCGUCAUCCGCGGGGAGACUUUUCAGUCCUCGUCAGGCCGCACCGAGCACAAGCAAACGCACAUUGCGGACGGCACGUACACGUGCCCGCAACGCGAGAGGAAAUUCACCCGGGUGCCGGCGCUCUCGAGGCACCUGAAAAGUCACAACGUGAGGUCGGCGGGCGUCGAGAGCGACGCCGCGGCGGAGGCGCCGGGAAACGCGGCCCCGGAAAACGUCGCCCAGGUCGCUCCCCUCGUCGACGUCCGCACGAGCCGGCGCAAACGAAAACCCACCGCGAAGAUCCAAGCCAUCGACUUGCAGAAACGCACGAACGGCAAGCGGAAACCCGAAGCCACCGGGGAGAGGCCAACGGCCUCGAAGUGUUUGCCCUUCAGUAGUUCAGAGCAUUCAUACGGGUCACCCUCCGUCCUAAAGAAGGAUGCUGAUGAAAGUUGCGCGGCGGACGCCGCUUCGACAGCUUCCUCCCGUCCGGAGCGCUCCCUCCGCCAAGCAGAGAAACGGCGGCGCGUCCAGCGUGUUCACUCGGAGGAUGACGAGACGGCCCUCGCUGACGAGCAAUGUCGUUUUAACUGCCAAGAUUGCGGCAAGAGGUUCAAAUUCCUGUCCGUACUCGAGUCCCACCGGCGCAUCCACACAGGUGAGCAGCCCUUCCUCUGCUCUCAGUGCGGGCGACGUUUCUCCUUCAAGCAGUCCCUGGAGAGACACAAGCAGACACACAGGUCCGGACGCAGGUACGAGCGCGUCACCCGCGGGGAGUUCUCCAAGCGCGUCGCGGCUCAGAGGUCGCGCGCGGAGAACGGCGAGUUUGCGUGCUCCGAGGGCGGCCGCGAGUUCGCGUGGAAGUCUGCCCCGGCGAGGCACCUCAAGACGCACGGCGAGGAUGCGGACAAGGCGGCGAGUUCGCUUAAAUGUCCUCGGUGCGAGCUGAGCUUCAGCUGCGCCAGCUACCUCGCCGGGCACCUGCGCACUCACCGGGAGGAGAGAGGGCACGCCUGCGGCUGCGGCAAGAGCUUCGCCUAUCGGGCGGCGCUCACGGCGCACCAGCGCAUCCACCAGAAAGACAGGCCGCACGUUUGUACGCAGUGCGGCAAGGGCUUCCUCUACAAAGGCGGCCUGGCGACCCACAUGAAGAUCCACUCGGAGGAGAUGCCCUUCAUGUGCUCGUUCUGCGGGAAGUGUUUCAAGAGGGAGCGCAACAUGAAGAAGCACGAGCGCUGCCACACGAGAGAGAACGUCUACAGCUGUUCGCAGUGCGACAAGAGUUUCGUGUACAAGGCCACGCUGAUCAGGCACGAGCUGACGCACUCGGGCGAGAGGCCGUACCUGUGCUCCGACUGCGGGAAGGGCUUCUUUUCCCACGCCGAGCUGCUCAAGCACGAGCGCUUCCACACGGGCCACAAGCCCUUCCAGUGCCCGCAAUGCGAGAAGAAGUUCACCCAGUCGUGCUACCUGACCAUUCACCUGCGCUACCACACGGGCGCGCGGCCUUACUCCUGCGUCGAAUGCGACAAGAGCUUCCUCAGCGCCAACCGGCUGAAAAGACACACGCGGACGCACACGGGAGAGAAGCCCUUCCGCUGCGAGCUGUGCGGCAAAGGCUUCAGGCAGUCCUAUCACCUCAAAACGCAUCAGCGGACACAUAACAAGAUAGCGUGAAGACAAACCUUGGUCUCGAAUUCAAAACGGCUCGCGAAGUAGUGUGAAAUGAUUCACGUCGGUCGCAAUUAAACCUCCUCUGACGCUCGGAUGAAAUUCGCUUGCCUCAUUGAGAUCCAGAGGCUACUCGCAAAAAGUUCGGGAUUUUCGAGUGAAAUUUCAGGAUAAACCGAGAAUGCACUACGAGUGUUCUAGGCGAGCAGCAUCAUCAUCAUUAUUAUUAUUCUAUUCACAGGACACAUUUGCUACGCAAAUGCAUGCAGUGAAUCCAGAAAGUUCUCACAGCGCUACUUUUUCCCAAGUUUACCACAUGAAUAUAAAACGGAAUUAAAAAAUAUAUACUAUGCCUCAAAACUAUACACACAACCGACAAUGAUUUGUGUGAGAUUGUUGCAAAACGUAUCAUUAGAAAAGACCUGCUUAAAAUUGUCAUUAUUCAGUCUUACUCUAAAAUGGAAUAAAUAUUGUUUUUCAAGUAGGACUUUGAUUUGAACCAUUUCGAAAUCAAAUUUUCCAAAAUAUUUUUCACGUUAUCCCGUUGAGAUUAAAAUGACAAUGCAGUUUUAAAGUAUUCACAGCACUUCACUUUCCACAUUUUAUGUUAGCCUCAUUCCAAAAUGGAUUUCAUUUUCCUCUCAAAAUUUUACACGCAAGACCUACUGAUUUUGUAUUUUUUUGGGGGGCAGGGCAUAGUUUUUGUCCUCCCAGAUGAUUUUGUAGGGCGUGGUGCGUGGAAUAGAAUGAAUUUUGGAAAAAGACCGUAACGUUUCAAAAUGUGGAAAAAGCGAAGCGCUCCAAAUACUUUGAUAUACUCAACAGUAGCGAGGCUUCAAAGGGAAGCGGCCACUGAGCUUUGAGUGUCAUCAGCGGGUUGCAGCAGAGACACUGAAAGAGUUCCCAGCAAAGCAUAAAAUGGACAUCGGUCCGUUUGUGGAUGGUGAAUUUUGAUAUUCAGCUUCCUGUCAGAGGUCAAAUUAAGUUCACAUGAGGUUGGAGCGCAUUUGAGGCUCACCCUGAAAUUUCACCCAAAAGCCCAAUAUCAACAACCGUGUCCAGGUUUUAGGGUUUAAUAAUGACCAGAAUUUGUGUAGAAAGCACAUUUUUAUUCAAGUGUGAUUACAAGACAAACAACAUGACUGUUUUUUUUUUAAUCGAGGCUUUGAACAUUUUGUGACGGGAAGACAACUUUUGAAGGGUUUCGCCGAGGUUUUUUUCCCCCAGGUCAACGGCCGCACAGACAGAGCCCACAAUGGUCUUAAUUAGCUUACUUGUUUGAAAAAGAUAUUUUUUUUGGAACAACCGAAGAGGAAUUGAGUUUUUCUAGCUUGGAUUUGGGUGACGAACAGAAAAAGGCCAAAAGGGCAUUUCUAAACUUAGCACCUAAGCUACUAGUGAACGUGCAUAAAGGCUACACGGCAACGUGCAGCGUAAUAGGGCAGUGGUCGCUCCCCACGGCUUUGUUGCGGAUCUUGCUGUCGCACAGAGCGGGCACCAGGGAUGACGACAGCACAAAAUAAUCGAGCCGCCAGCCCACGUUCUUUGACCUGGAAUUCAUCAUGUAGGUCCAGAAGGUGUACGCGUUGGCCCGCUCGGGGUAGAGCUCGCGGAAGCUGUCGACGAAACCGGCCUCCAGCAGCUGGUCGAAGCCCUCGCGCUCCUCCGGGGUGAAGCCGGCGUUUUUCUUGUUGCCCUUCGGGUUCUUCAGGUCGAUCUCCCGGUGGGCGACGUUGAGGUCGCCGCACAGCACGAGGGGCUUCUGCACGUCCAGCUCGCUCAAGUAGGCGCGGAAAUCCACAUCCCAGGUCUUGCGGUAAUCUAAGCGCACCAGGCCUUUGCCGGCGUUGGGUACGUAGGCCGUCACCAGGUAGAAGGUGGGAAACUCUGCGGUGAUGACGCGACCUUCCUUGUCGUGUUCCUCUUUACCUGAGCGAGUGAAGAAAGCCACCAUAAGAAAACGCGCCAAGCGUUAGCAAAGAGUAGGCCGGUUAUUGUUGAGAAUAAGCAACGUUCACAGGAGUCGGGCAUGGAAACGGAAGAUUUUGGAUUGGACCUCACUCCAUCCACUUUUGUCCAGCCUCUGUUAAGGUUACGAACAGUACGGGGGAUACUCGGGCCCAAACGGCUGACAACCUUGAGAAUUGCGUACGAGUUGAAAGAUGGCUUACGGAUUUGAUUUUGAAGAAAUGCAGAAUUAGCUCUAAAGCACACGCGUUUGUGGCAAAGACACCAUAUCUUCCGCUAACAACCCAGGCUAAACUUAGCUCCUCCCCGACCUACGGCCGUUAGUAUCACUUCAACAUACAGCGGCCGGUCUUACGAAAGGAGUUGAAUUCGUUCCGCGCCGGUAACGCGUCGAAAUGAAUCAAAAUACCAUAAAUCUGUUCCAAUGUAAGGGAAAAUACGUAGCACACUAAAAUAUUUGACUGAAUAAAAACCCAGUAACGACGGUUAAAAGGAACGUAGAAAAUGAAACGGUGCCUCGCGAUCGAUUCAUUGCGGCUCCUUCCGGCGCGCGCGACUUGGCAACAGGGUAAAGAAGAUCUGCCUGCAAUCUGCCUACGUGUGUCGAAGCGCCGCUCGCGUUCAAAUAUGUCGCUUAAAGCGCGAGUACACAACCACGCGGAUGGUAUUUGUUCGCCCGUCUGUGUUUUUUUUCUGUUAGCAUUAAGCUAUGCGGUCGUUAUAAUAAAUUGUCUUUGUUUUAUGUUUAGUUUCACGGCAAACUUCAACCGGGAGUGACAAUUAGUUUGAAAGGUUUUGUUUUUAAAGAAUUGCGAAUGAUGCUCAAGUGCCGAGGUAAGUGGCGUUCGCCGUCACUAGUAUACAGGUUUGUACCGCAACCCGUUCGGGCAGCAAAGUACGCAAUCGUUAGACUAGCGCUCACCGAUGCCGUAAGUCACUUUGACGGGCUCCGUUUUGCAAAGCACGGCCACGCCGCCGUAGCCCCCCUUGUCGUCCGACACGCACCAGUACUUGUGCGGGUACUCGGGCAUGGACGUGAUGUCAGCGGGCAGGUUUUUCUCCGCGCACUUGGUCUCCUGCAGGCACAGGAUGUCUGGAUUCUCCUCACGCACCCACUUGGAGGGGAUGAACACAAGUGUUAACGGGGGGAAACAAAAUGCAUUCGCUUUGCCUGGGCUUUUUGGAUUUCAAGCACCAACUCACACUCAGGCCGUUCUUCUUCACCCAAGCUCUCAGUCCGUCCACAUUCCAGGAGGUGAUCUUCAUGUUGGCGUCGCGUCCAUCUUUGCUGGUCAUUUUGUCCGGGGGGUCUUCGUACAAAACGGGGGCUUCUGGUUCCUUAGAUUUCUUGGCUUUCUUUGGAGUACUUUCUGUAAAAUCGGGCACGAUUGCAGCAUACACGUUUAGGAUUUUUUGAAAGCUGUCUUUUGUACUCCUGGACUAACCUGCUGCGGCGUCAUUGUCCCCUUCUGCAGUCGCCUCUUCUGCCUUCUUGCCUCGCUUCAUGCUCGAACGGAGGAAAACGCUUCGCAGACGCACAACACGCACAAGCGCCGCUGGGAAACGGAUAAGAAAGAAAGAGAGAGAAAAAAAAGGAGUAACGUUAAUAUGAACACACACACUUUUUCACACUGGUUUCCAGAGCAAUGUGCACAUGUUUGUUUCAGUUUAUUCUUUCCACAGCCCCGAGAUUGUACGCACAGUAUUAUACCUAUUGCGAUAUUGUUUGAUGUACUUUUUCGUCUAUGUACAAAGCUUGCAAAACACAGGUUUGGAAAUGUGACUGAAUCUCUGGACGUUUAUUAUUAAAGUUAUUUGCAAUGCUUUAAAAAAAAAAAAA